AUGCGUCGCUGGUCGGGCCUUCCACUUGCACCUUUGUGGGGGCUAAUUGGGCGACGCAGGGUGUCGGGUGACGACCGCUCUGGUGAUAGCAGCGCAUUUCUUAGCGAUGAUGAGGCGUUACGCGGGGAACUUGCUUCCGCGCUAGAGACGGAGGGAGAGGCCGCCCCGUUGGAUAUCAUGCAGCACCAUCCCUUAGAGGCUGCGACGAUGAGCAGCAGCACUAGCACCAUUUAUUUGGAGAAAAUUGCCCGUCCUCCUGCUCGUUUUGAUCUUCUCACAAAUUCUUUUGUGUAUAAGUGGCAGACUAAGGCGGCAUUGGCUCGCAAAGUCUCAGGACCCAUGCGGGAAUGGGCAGCGGAGCUGAAGUAUAGAACGGGAGUGCAUAUGGAGCUGGAGCCCACUUUUCCCGAGCGAAUACCGGAUGAAGAGAGCAAAACCGGUGAGGGAGAUACCUACGAGACGGCAGAUGAUGUGGACAUUACAGUGUAUCUCUUUGGAUCUGAACGUGGGAUCUUUAACUGUCAUAAGUUGAUGGAGACUGCUAUACAGCAGGAUCCUGUGUAUGUGCGUCUGGGUGUUUUUAGACGGCUCCACGGUUCAAACGAGGUGGAGUGGUUGAUGUUGCGCCGUAUCAAUCGCGAGAUGCGGCCGCCUGAUAUUCCGCCUAUUUCUCUUAAACUACCAGGGAAAUGGACACUGCUAUACGAGCGCUACAAGGAGGCAGCUAUUCGUACGCUGUGGGAGGAAACGGGAAUUACCGUUGAUCCUACCAGCGUCUUUCCAACAGCACAGUUAUACCAAACUUCCCCGAAGUAUUACUGGCGUGUCCCUGUGCGUUAUUUUGUUGCUGAAGUACCGCACGACGUGCGCGUGGAAGGACCACAGGUGGUUCCAACACAAUACAUGCGAAACUGGGAUGUGCGUCUUCUCCGCCAGUCCCCGGACCCUAUCGAUCGUGCUUGGGCGCAGCUGGCGGACCCUAUCACUGGAUGUGCAUGGAUGAAGGCUCCCAUGAUUGAUGAACUGCAGAAGCCACUUCGGGGUGAGAAGUACAUGGCCACACGGUAUACGCCACCGCCAUACUCCAAUCUUCAGGAGGUUGUGGGCCUUGGCGAUGGUGACCAGGACACGCAGAAUAAAGAAACCGAGGCUGCUGACCCAAAUGCAUAG